CCCAGUCGUCCAGCACCAUGGUCAGCGGGCCGGUCCUGCUCCUGGGCGCCACCUGCUGGCUGCUGGUGGCUCUGGGGAGAUGCCAAGGUCAGCUGGAGGAACCGCCUCAAUACGACGCCAUCAACACGCCGGAGGAGAAGGAGCUGAUUGAAGCUCUGCAGGAAGUUCUGCAGAAGCUGCAGAACAAAGAGCUGCCGGCGUCGGAGAAGAAGCUCGGCCUGCUCCCUCCUUGUGUUGCAGGGCAGCAGUGCGCGGUCCGUAAAGCGUCCAGGAUCGGGAAGCUGUGUGGAUGUCCCGGAGGAACUCUGUGUGACUUUGACGACCUCAAAUGUCGGUAG